CAUGUUGUUUCAAUGGAUCAUUUAUCUUUUCAUGUCCUUUAUCUUCACUGGUUCACUCCAUGUGUUGGCCAUACCUAACGACGGCGGCUUGGAGGGGCAAAUUGGUCCAGCUACAUCUAAAAUAGUGAAAAGGAGUUUACUGACAUCACUUCUGCACUGGUCAGCAGCACCAGAGGAAACCCAAGGAGUUCUAGGUGAAUAUACAGAAACAGAUUAUGUCCAGGAGAGCUCUGAGAUGCCAAGAGAUGUCCAGGAGCAGACAUUCAAAUAUGAGAUAUAUGAAAGUACUACAGAACAACUAACUUCUAAAACGUGGAAUGAAUCCAUUGGCAGCACAGGUGUGGAUUUACUUGUGUCGGUUGGGACUGCAGAUACACCUACUAAAAGCUGGGAAUGGACGUCUCCUGCAACUAAACAGGACCAUAUCCUGGAGAGUGGAGUGACGACUGCGAGCAGAGAAGAUACAACCAGUGACUUCCAGAACACCACUACAGCUCCCUGCCGAUCAUCCAACGACACAGACGACUCACCCCAACCACCGGACCCCCUCCACCUCUCCCUGCCCCUCAGCCUUAGCCUCUUCGUCCCCCUGUACUCCGAUUGGAACUCUGCCCUGGCUACAUGGGGUCUGGCCUGGGAAGCGCACAUCUACGGCUUAGCGUCUGUCUUCAGCGCAGUCGGCCUAGUUUCAUUCAUUUCCAUAUUUGCUUUGCCGUUGCGAUGUCCUCCUGGAAUACUCUACUUUGCGUUACUACAUUUCUUCCUCCUCUCAUUCACAGGGGCGCAGGCUUUUGUUUUGAUUUACGACGCUUACAGUUUUCAAGAUCGCCUUCCACCGCUAGCUCUGCUGCCAAUUAGCGCGUUACCAUACCCGUGUUUGAUAUUCGCAUUCUCCACUACGUUUAUUCUUCUGUCUUUACGGUCGAACUUGCAAAUUUCUCUCCCGCUGGCGAUAUCCCCAUCAUUUUCUGCGCUACCCAAACCAUGCUUUUUGGUUUCAAUGUCUGUUCUCCAUUUUGGUUUGUCACUAGGUUGCGUUGGCAUACUGGAACUUUUUCCCAAACUUCCAACUAUAAUCCUACUGAUCCCUCAAGGAAUCUUUGUAUGUCUGUCAAUUUUUCUAUCUUGUUCAUAUUUUGUUUUCUACUGCCUGGUACAAGUGGAUAGCAAGCACAUUUAUAGACUUAACGACAGUGGGGAAAGCGGGGGUUCUCCUGAAGUCAUUCGACCGCCAAGAUGUCCAUUCGCCCAAAUGGAAGACUGGCGAAGAGCUGUACGAUCGGGUUUAGCUGCAUCAAUAUUUUUGCUAAGUUGCGGAGGCUUUCAACUCUACGCUAUUCUGCAUUCCCUUGGAUAUGGCGGUUUCGAUGACAUAGGUUUCUACCCAUGGCCUUGGUGGGGCUUCCAAUUGGGUUGCCGAAUUGGUGAGAUUGGAGUUUGUCUAGGGUUAGCGCUAAUCGGAACGCGACCUAUAUUUUGUAGGACAUCAACCAAAACCGUGAUCAAACCUCAGAUGGGAUCUUGGAGUCGGCUUUCACCUACACGAGAGUUAGAGCUAGCAUCGGAAGAGGGUGUCCUGUCUUCUCAAAAUAAAAUGCAAAAUAUCGGUAAAGAAAAGUCAGACACUCUACCGCUUUGCCCGAUAGAUCCUCCUGGAAAUGGGGUGGAAUGUGCCCAAAAAUCUAACCAAAUAGUAGAACAACCAUUACAUACGAAACAAAGUCCGACAUCCAAGCCUAAAAACGCAACAGAAAUGAAUCCAACUUCUUUGAAUAAACUUGAUUCAACCGUAGACCUACGUCCCCCAUCACCAAUAAACCUAUCCCGAAGCAUUGACCAAGCAUUGUACAGCGAAUCCCUAUUUUCUCAUAGCAUAUUCGAAUGGCCAAGGCUUUUCCAAACUUCUUCGAAUCUUUCUUUAAACCGCCAGGAAAAAUCUGGUUUGGUUGAGAAUGGCUUAUACCGCACUGCUUCUUGUAAAGAUAUGGAACAAAACACGCAAGCGAUAAACAACCAACUACCAAAGCGAACGGAGUGGAAAGGGAGCAUCAACGAGUCAACGCAAGAACUGUGCCGAAAGCCAAAGGAGGUCGGGAAAGUGCGAUCUCAUUCGUGGGCCAAUAGGGGGCACAAUUUUGCUCAGAGCAGUUUACCCAGAGCCAUCCCACAUUUGUCACACUAUAAAAGGUUUCGGACUUUGAGCACAGCGUCCCAGGACAGUAAGGGCUCCGUCAGGCUGGCCGGGACUAAACAGUUGAGUGAAAGUAAGCAGUUAGAAUGGGACAUGGCUGUGCAGGCGGAGUUUGUCAAUGUGUGCAAGCAGAUUGAUGCUCUUAGUGUGUGCAGUGACACGAUUGACCUGUAGGCUGGACAGGAAACGCAACCAGAGUCUAAUGUUAACUUAUGUUUUUAUGCAUGUGUUAAAACGCAGUGGUUCUCAAACAGUGAUAGGGUACAGUAAUUAUUCUGGUCAGAGCUAUGAAGUUAGCGCAGUUAUCAGCUUGCAAAGACUGCAAUUAUCAGACAAUAGAAAUCCUUGUGCCUGUAUUCAGAGGUGGAAGGUAACAAAGUGCAAAAGUACUGCAGUUAUCUGUACUUUCCUCAAGUUAAUUUUAAAGUGGAUCCUUUUUACUUUUACUUCACUACAUUUUAGAGCAGGUAUUUGUACUUUCUAUUCCACUACAUUGUUUAACUGGACUGACAAGUAAAAAGUACUUUUCCUUAUGGUUUGAGACCUGGCAAAAGUUAUUUUUGGUAUGUUUAAUUUGACAUAGCGUUCAAACUUUGAGCAAACAAAAUAAACAAAUAUACAAACCAAGUAGAAAAAUGAAUAUAUCAGUUUAAUGACUUAAAAUGAAAGAAAUCUGUUAUCCAAAUCACUACAUUUGAUGCUUUAAUAGGCUAGUUAUAAAAAUCUUUCCAAAAAACCUUUUAGUCUUAAAGUACAUAUUUAAAGGGGAACUUUUUCAUGUAAUACUGAGUAAUUUUUUGCUCCAGAACUUUUUCGUAAGUAAUGAAAUUUGGUACUUCACUUGCUACUGCCUGUAGUUUAGAUCUCUGCAAACAUGUUCUGUAAUUCAUGAAACUCAUAUUUCAUAUACUUCUCUCAAAGGUCAAAGCUCCUGGAGUCGUUUACAAUGUCCACUUUGAACAGAAUUAGACCUGUUGUAGUCCUGGUUUAAAUCUUCUUUAUAGUUAAGGCCUUGGAAUGAUGCUAGUAUUGUCUAAUCUUUUGUUUUUUGUUUUAUUUUGUAUUUGAUACAUGUAUGCCUUGUUUAGUUAAGUAUGGACAUUUUUAAUAUUAUCUGUAUCAAGUAUUUAUGUUUUCGUUGCUGAGAUAAGUUUGAGAAUCACUGCUCUACAGACCUAUUUUCUGUAAAUGUAAAGCAGUAAAUGUUGAAUUAUAUUGGUUGUAUGUAAAUGUUAUUGCAUAAUAACAAUACAUACAUUCUAUUGUUAUUUAAAAUGUUACUUAAUAUAUUACUUUUACAGCUGAGCUGAGCAUAUUAAGUAUUUCAGAGAGGAUGAGAAGUGUAUGUACUGCAGUUCACAUUAUCUGAACUUAACUGCCCUCUAGUGGCUCAACCAGAUAAUACUGUGACCCAGAUGCAUCAUUUGAAUAACACUGGAAAAAAAUAGUCAAAUUACAAUAAAAUAAUCACAUACAACUGUACACUUAAUAAGGACCAUGCAGUAAACAAUUUUGUUCAUGACACAAGCACCACACUUUUUGCCUGGCAAAUCCAGAAUGACAUCUCUGUAUUUUUUAUUUAUUCUCCCCACUCCCUCCGUUAUGUCUUGAGCUUGACCAAACAUGAUCAUGCAAUCACAUUACUUUUUUUUUUCAGUGAUGCAUGUGAAACGAAAUAGCUCAUUGGUCAUCUAUCAUUCACAAACAAAAUGACAUUUCUCUCACCUCAGAUUAACAGUUUAGUGCUUUGCUCACUGAUUCAGUAGAAGUCUGCAAUGUUUUUUGUUCCUUGUGACUUUUUUUUCUUCCUUUUUUCCUCAUAAGCAGCCAUAUUUGUUUUAAUACAGACUGGGCAAUCUGCCUGUGAUGACCAUCUGACCUCGGGGAGAUUCACCAGUGACCAGACUCAUAUCUUUGUAAUGUGUUGAAGAAGUGUGUAUUUUGGGUCCCAGGCAACUACACAUCCAUCAUGAACAAAAAACAUGACAUGAGUAACAAUCAAAAUAUAUUUAUUUUCAUCACCAGUAGACAAGACAAUGGACAUGGGUUUCAAAUCUAUGAGAACCGUGGUAAUUACGACCUUAAUCUUAAAUGAGUAUGAUACUGGUAUGUGUACAGUUUCAAUGGGACAUAGAGUGAGUACAUUGCAAGAAUUAUAUUUUAUAGAAAAAUAGAUCCACGUAAAACCGCUAUAAAUCUAUAUAGAAAUUCAGAUUUUAAGUUUAUUACACUACUCCAGUAUUCAGUCUAAAAAUAGAUAUUUCUUAUAUUGUUAUUAUAUACAUUAGACAGGUAUUUAUUUAUAGUCUUUGCAGAUUUCUAUAUGCAGCAGAUGUUUGUCUCAUGUUGUAGGCAGAAAAAUGUGCUUCUGAACUGAAGUUAACUUGCCUUUUGUGAAUAAAAACAUUUUAUGUGAACACAUUUU